UCCGCGCCACACACUCGGGCUCAGUAAACAAGCCGCCGUGUUGAGCUACGUAGCCACGGCACCGACGCUCCGGCUCGCCCCCAACAGUGCCUCAGUGCCACGCCUCCCACGGCCCAGCAAGCUCUGCCGCGCAGUGCCACCACAGCCCCCGCCCCCCACCCGCCCACCCACCUGACGGUCUGCACCCAGCCCGCGCCGGCCUGCGCACCACCCUCGCCCAUACAUAUACAUACACACACACGCAUACAUAGAGGCACACGCUCGGCACUGGUAGCCUAGUGAUGGUGGCGGCGGUGCCAGUCAAUGAAUGUUGCUUAGUGACACCGGAGGCGGCUGCGGCGGCGGCGGCGUCGUGCGCGUAAACAGUGUUGGCGGCCCAGUCUUGGUGCGGCGCGCGAGGUGACAGGCCGCGCGGUGCGCCGGGCAGGUGAUGGUCUCCCGCGCGAAGGCACCAGGUGGCACCAUGGCACUGCACUGCUCGCAGGCCAAACUAUGGGUCAAGACGCACUACGAGCGCCACCCCGAGGGCGUGGUGGCCAAGGCCGUCAUGUACAAGCACUACGAGGACUACUGCCGCGAGCAGGGGCGCAACAUUAUGGAGACGAGCAUCUUCGGCCGCGUGGUCAAGUCCGUGUUCCCCGACGUGACCAUCCGGCGCCUGGGCGGCCGCGACAACCUCAAGUACUACUACUGCGGCAUCCAGGCCAAGGAGAGCUCGCCCCACGCCGGCGACAACGCCACCACCACGCGGCCCAAGCGGCGCCUCAGGAAGCGCGAGCUGCCCACGGACAAGGCUGACGUGCACCGCUGCCUGCUGUGGCUCUACAAAAACUACCACGUCGUGCCCGACGCCUCCGUGCCUAAGGCCGAGGUCUACGACCGCUACGUGAGUGAGUGCGUGGCGGGCGUCGGCGACCCGCUCUCGACGCAGCACUUCGCCAUGGUGCUGAGCCACGCCUUCCCGCACGCGGCGGGCCGCAGGCUCGGCCCGCGCGCCAACCAGCACAAGUUUUACUUCGGCAUCCAGGAGCGCGCGGCGCCGCUGCCUUUGGACACGGCGCCCGGCGACCUGCAGGGCGCCGUGGAGCUUAUGUUCAGCAACGGCAAGCUGUGCUACCGCGAGGAGCUGCACCCCGACGACGACGACGAAGACGACGACGACGACGACGACGACGAUCUCGGCUGUCGGAGCCCCGUGUCUGAUACCUCCGAUGGCUCGCGGGACGCCCACACGCCGCUCUCCGGGCCGCACGCGCCCCAGCGGUACCUGAUGCAGCCCUACAUCAAGGAGGAGCCCGUCGACUACAGCCUCCAGCACCUCAAGCUGAAGGACGAGCCGCUGGAGGAGGACGAGUACUCGGUGAAGGAGGAGCCGCUGGACCUGCACGUGCCGCGCGACGACCCCAGCAUGGAGCUGUCCUACAUGUCCGAGGCGUCCCCACGGGCCCCGGCCAUGGGCGCCUCCCACCCCGCCUCCCACGACCAGAAGGCCAAGCGCAUCUACAAGCCUCGCUUCCGCUUCAUCGAGACCGGCUGGUCGAACAGCUGCGAGGAGGAGCACUACUCCGACAACAGCGCGCAAAAUGCGUUAGAGUCCCAGCUGCGGGAGUGGCUAGCGCAGGCGCUGCAGGAGCACUCCGCCAUGUGCGUCAACAGGGACCAGCUGUACGCCCACUACAAGCAGGACUGCGACUUGAUGGGCGUGACGGCGCUGCCGCUCACCUACUUCGACGAGACGGUGAUGAAGGUGUUCCGCGGCGUGGUGACCAUGAUCCACCCCUCUGAGAAGACCUUCUACCGCGGCGUGCGCGUGGCGCCGCUCUCCCCCCUCGACGGCCAGCUGGAGGAGCUGCUGGACGGCCGCCCGCUGCCCCCCGCGCAAGGCCUCCUGGUCGCCGAGCAGUCGCCGCCGCUCGCCAUGGCGGCGCGCGUCUCGCCGCUGCUGGAGGACGAGCGGGUCGAGGCGCCCUACGAGCACUACGGGGAAGGCGAGGUGGGCGGCGCGCGCGGCGGGCCGCGGGAGGGGCUGCGGGACGGCAAGUACUACCUCAGCAUGUGGCUCACCGACAACUUCGAGUCUGUGCCGGACUCGUGCGUGCUGAAGGCGGACGCGUACCACCACUACGAGAUGUACGCGCGCUCCAUCAAGCAGACGCCCUUCGAGAUGAACGUGUUCGGCAAGAUCGUGCGGCAGGUGUUCCCUAAGGUGAGCAUCCGGCGGCUGGGCGGGCGCGUCAAGCCGCAGUACCACUACUGCGGUAUCGCCGUCAAGCCCAGCAGCCACCUGUACCAGUUCAUGGCCGGCAAGGACCCCGCGCAGCGCUCCCGCAAGAAGGAGAUCGCCACGGACAACAAGAGCGCCGAGGUGGUGAUCGAGUGGCUGCGCUCCCAGUACGAGGCGGGCUCCGGCCACGUCAUCAUGAAGAGCGCCGUCUUCAGCGCCUACUGCGCCUAUUGCAAGGCGGUGGGUGAGAGUCCCGUCACGCUCAACUACUUCGGCAAGCUGGUGAAGCACUGCUUCCCCAACGUGGAGGUGCGCAAGUGUGGCGGCCGCUCCGAGCCCACCUGGUACUACUUCGGCCUGGUGCCCCUGGGCCCCCACGACGGCAUGCAGCCCCACAUGAUGCCCCGCGAGGCCCCGGGCCACACAUCCAGCCCCAUCCCCAUCUGCAUGGGCGGCGGGGCGGGGGGGCUGCUGGCCCAGCACGCGCCAGGCCUGGCGCCCCACCACCCCUACUCCAGCUCCCCCGGCGGCUCCCCCCUGAUGGAGGGCCACGACGACCCCCGCCGCCGCCUCCUGGCCCGCUCCCCCUACGAGCACGGGGACGUGCCCCCCGACACUCUGUACUCUCGCUCUCCCGGAGACUCGUCGGCGCAGUACUGCCGCUCUCCCCGGGAGGUGCUGCUGCUGGGCUGCGACAGUCCCCGCGGCCUCUGCCACUCCCCGGCGGACACGGGUCUCGCCUUCCCCCCCAGUCCCAUGGAGGCGGUCUCCCCGGGGGGCCUCAUCAGACCGCGGCCCCCACGGGCGGGGGGCGGCGGGGGCCAGGUGGUGCCCCGCUACCCCCACCCGCACCUGCCCUACACGCCGCAAGGUGACCCGGCGGUGGCGGCGGCGGGGCUGCUGCCGGGCGGGGACCUGCAGGCACACAAGCGGCACAAAGCCUUCCCCGAGCACUGCGGCGCCGCGGAGAUCCACCUCGAGUGACGCCGUGGCAGCAGCGUGGAGGUUCGACUGUGAUAUAGUGAAGCAGCAGCAGCAGCAGCAGCAGCAGCAGCAGCAGCAGGAGUGUUCCUUCGUGCCUACUCGAAUGUUACUGUGCCUAAAGAGACGGAAGAUAUAAUAAUAAUAGUAGUAAUAAUAGUAUCACUAAUAAUCACGUGCAGUGCUGAGGAUCCUUUGGAAAACAGGACAAUAGUCAAACUUAGUGAAAUCUUCCUAAAUACUCUUAAUUUAUUGUUUUCGUUACAACGGUGCUCUAGACGCGGCGUCGGGGAGGGGGGGGGGGGCGGCCACAGACACUCAGACACACGAGGACGGACAGAAGCAGUGCAGUGCCCCUCGCUCCCUCCCCCCGGCGUGCGUGCGUCACGAAGUGGAAGACGAAUUUUUGUUGCAUUAGGUUACGUUACUUUUUGUAUCCAUACUCUCUCUCUCUCUCUCUCUCUCUCUCUCUCUCUCUCUGAUAGCAACACCCACAAGAAAUGGGGAAAAGGAAAAAGUAGACAAAAAAAGAAAGCCAGAGGAGAGAGAGAGAGAGAGAGAGAGAGAGAGAGAGAGAGAGAGAGAGAGAGAGAGAGAGAGAGAGAGAAUUACUGGUGUGCGGAGAGGUACCCGGUGACCCAGUGACAUAGUGGUUCGCUGCGUCACUGACCCAGUAAGGGAGUGCCACACGCAAACACCCGACAGUGCCACUCGCAAACCCCGUCUGACAGUGCCCAGUGCCCAAAGACAGCGCCCCCAGUCCCCCCCCUCCGGUACCUCAGAAAGUCCCCGAUUACGUCCCACAAUAAUGCAAGCCCAGCGAGUGAGUACCCUUCUCAAAAAAGCAUAACCAGGGCACUCAAUCAGACAGUUCCAGUGCCCAAGGACAGUGCCACUAGUCCCCCAGCACCACCAGUACCACAAGCCAGUACCCAGUAUCCCCGGACAACUGCUCCAGUAAUCCCCAGUACCCGCCAGUGCCACGGUACCAAAAGAAACUGAUGGGCAGUGUCCCUGUGAGUCCCCAGUGUCGUGCUUCACCCCCCCCCAGUACCGGCCAGUGCCCCAGCUAACAAGGACCGUACCCACGUGAGUCCCCAGCACUUGAAAAAUGUCAGACACGUACCCCGGUAUCUUAUGUGAAACCUCAGAACCACCCCCAGUACCCCCAAGACAGUGCCAAAGACAGGCCCCAGAAAGUACCCCAAUCAGUACCCACCCCAGGACAGUACCCACCCCCCAGUGCCUACUCUAAGCGCCCAGAACUUUCCAGAGAGUAAACUAGUGCCUCCCCCAGACCCAGAUCCCCCCCCCACCCACCGUCAGACAGUGUCCCCCAGUCCCCCAGGGCAGUACACCAGGACGGAGGAUGUAUAAGUGAUGUAAAUGGCAUAAUACUUACCCUGGGAAAGUGCCAGCAGCCAGUCCUUCUUGCAUCUAUUGUGGACCUGAGAGAGAGAGAGAGAGAGGCUGUUAUGUGACGUGGAGGAGGAGGAGGAGUUGGAGAGAGAGAAGAGAGGAGGAGGAGGAGGAGGAGGAGGAGGAAAAAAAAACAGAACUGUGAUAUUGUAAAAAAAUGGACAGAUUCUUGUGUGUGUGUGUGUGUGUAUGUGUGUGUGUGUGUGUGUGUGUACGUUAAUUUAUGUACUGUUGUUGUUGCUGUGUACACAUGUUUGUUUAUGUAUACACGAGAGAGGGGGGGGCGUGUGGGGAGGGGGGUUAAGGGGGGGAGGUGAUGGUGGUGGUGCCCCUUCCCCCUCCUCCCCCUCCCUCUUACCUCCCUCCAAUGCCUCAGGUGCCCCCUCCCCCCCCAUCCCAGUGAGUGAAGGGACCACGGUGCUGUGUGUGUGUGUGUGUGUGUGUGUGUGUGUACGGAGGGAGGGGAACGUUCUACCUUAUUCACUCAUCCUUCCUCUCCCUUCCCUUCCCUUCCCUUUCUUUCCCAUUUCCCUUCCCUUCCUCUACACCCCUUCCCUUCCCCUACUCCCCGUCCCUUCCCUUCCCUUCCCUUCCCCUCCCCUACUCCCCGUCCCUUCCCUUCCCUUCCCCUACUCCCCUUCCCUUCCCUUACCUUACUCCCCUUCCCUUCCCCCCUACCUUACUCCCUUCAAGAACAUUCCCAUGACAGCCAACACAACAUACUCUCCCUUCCCUUCCCUUCCCUUCCCUUCCCUUCCCUUCCCUCCCUUCCUCCAAUAGGCAUUUUUCUCCUCCCCAAAGGUAGGAAGGUUUAUAUAGAUUAUUGAAACUGAAUCCAAAGUUGUUAUUUAUUAUUAUUGCUAUUAUUAUUAUUAUUAUUAUUAUUAUUAUUAUUAUUAGGGCUAACUUUUUUAUACUCCCUCAUCCCUUGACUAACACGUGUUUUAAAAUAUACCUAUAAAUAAAUGAUGUAAUACUCUUAUUUGUUUUUUUUCGUUUUUUUUAAGUAAGUUGUGAACAGUCAAUCAGUCUGUCAAUCGAUCAAUCAGUCAGUCAGUCAGUCAGUCAAUCAGUCAAUUAACCAAACAAUACUGACGACAACAACAACAACAACAACACCUACUACCACUACUACUACCACUACUACCACCACCACCAUCACAAUUAUUAUUAUUAUUAAACAUUCCAUUAUGGACUGACCAACAACCACAAUCACCACCACAAUCAUGACCUCCCCCCCCCCCCUCCCUCCCUCCCUUCCCCUCCAAAACAACGAAAUGUCUCCUCCACUACGAGAGAGAGAGAGAGAGAGAGAGAGAGAGAGAGAGAGAGAGAGAGAUUGCAUGCUUUAUUCCUAUACCCCCCCUCACCUCCCCUCUUCCACAUUCAAGAUAAUAAUAAUAAUAAUAAUAAUAACAAUGUUACUAAUAAUAUAAAAACGACGUGUAUAUCUGUAUGAAAGAAUUAUAUAAGAAAAUUACUUAUGUUAAGAUUAUUACGUGUAUUACAAUGUUAAAUAUUAUUAUUAUUAUUAUUAUUAUUAUUAUUAUUAUUAUUAUUAUUAUAGAUGAAGAAGAGGCGGAGGAGGAGAGAGGGAAGGGAGAAGAGAAGAAGGGAGGGAGAGAAGAAGGAAGGGAGGGAGGGAGGGUAGAAAAUAAUGGACCAUAACACUGUAUGCAUGAUGAUGACGGGAUGAUGAUGAUGAUGAUGAUGAUGUCACUGUUGCCUAAUUUAUUUUAUUUAUUAACUAAUGUAGUUUUAUACGAUGACGCGCCGUUCGCUCCUCACCCACGCUAACGAAGUGGUGACGAUGAUGAUGAUGAUGACGAUGACGAUGAUGAGAUAACUAAAAGCGAGGAAAAUAAUUAAAACGAACUCAUUUAC